AAAGUUGUCAAUUUAUAUAAUUAAAGGUAUCAUCCUUACAUCACUCAUUUAUCAUAAAAAUAUACUAUUGAGGUUUAUCAUGUGUUGGUGUCACAUGAAUGCCACUUAUCAUGGUCCUAUUUCUUUUGUCACUGGUCUCUUUUGGAAUUAUCUUCACUAGCUCUAUCUUACCUUCUUCUCAGCGCAUUCGCCUCCGAAUUGCCUGCCAACUCCACCUCCAUGGCGCUAGCCGGCGCCGCGAACGCCACCUUCCGCCCCCGCCUGGUCACUGCCGCCGCCGACACCUCCGACACUCAUACACGCCGCCGCCACUGGAAGGCCGGCGAGUUCCCAUUCCCCACCACCUCCCCCUCCUCCGGCACGCAGCAGCGCCGGAGACCCCGGACCACGGAGCGUCCGCCCCCACCUCCACCGUCCAAGGGGGAAGACCCGGAGGGGAGAGGGCGCCAGAGGCACUGGAAGGCGGGGGAAGACCCGGAGGGGAGAGGACGCCAGAGGCACUGGAAGGCGGGGGAGUUCCCGGCGGCGGGCGAGUCCCAAUCCCAGUCCGGGAGGAGGGGCCGCGCUCGCACCCCCAUCAAGAACGUCCAGAAGAGGCUCGACGCGCGCGCCGAUGCCAAGGCCUGGGCCUGCACCGUCACCGAGGCCCUCGCCGACCGCAUCGCCGCCAAGAACUGGCAAGGGGCGCUUCAGGUCUUCGAGAUGCUCAAGGAGCAACCUUUCUACUAUCCUAAAGAGGGCACCUACAUGAAACUCCUCCUGUUGCUGGGGAGAUCAGGCCAGCCUUCUCUAGCACAAGACCUUUUCACCGAGAUGCAGCAGCAAGGAUGCCAGCCAACUCCCGAGCUUUACACGGCCUUGAUCGGGGCCUACUGCCGGAACGGCCUCCUAGACGAGGCACUCAAGCUUCUCCAAGACAUGAAAGCCAACCCGCUGUGCCAGCCUGAUGUCUACACCUAUAGCAUACUCAUCAAGGCCUUCGUCGACGCCCCAAGGUUCGACCUCGUCGAUGCUAUGUACAAAGAGAUGGCUGAGCGCUCCGUGGCGCCAAACACGGUCACGCAGAACAUUGUUCUCAGUGGCUACUGCAGGGCCGGAAGGUUGGAUGAUAUGGAGAAGCUACUCUCCGCGAUGCUCGAAAGUGCAAAUAGUAAACCAGAUGUCUGGACCAUGAACAUUAUCCUAAGCUUGUUUGGGAACAGUGGCCAGGUUGAGCUGAUGGAGAAGUGGUAUGAGAAAUUCCGAGGCUAUGGGAUCGAGCCGGAGACUCGGACGUUCAACAUUCUCAUUGGUGCUUACGGGAAGAAACGGAUGUAUGACAAGAUGUCUGCGGUGAUGGAAUACAUGCGCAGGCUAGCGUUUCCAUGGACGACCGCCACUUACAAUAACGUGAUCGAGGCAUUUGCUGAGGCAGGCGAUGCAAAGAACAUGGAGGACACAUUUAACCAGAUGCGCUCAGAGGGGAUGAAGCCGGAUACAAAGACCUUCUGUUGUCUCAUAAACGGGUUUAGCAACGCAGCCCUUUUCCACAAGGUGGUAGGCAUGGUAAAGCUUGCUGAGAGGCUCGAUGUACCGCCAAACACAUCUUUUCACAACUCUGUUCUUGCGGCAUGUGCGAAAGCAGAGGAUCUGAUGGAAAUGGAGAGGGUCUUCAGGCACAUGAAACAUAUGCAGUGUGAACCAGAUGCCAUCACAUACUCCAUCUUGUUGGAAGCUUAUCGGAAGGAAGGAAUGACCGAUAAGAUGUACGCUCUGCAACAGGAGAACCCAAGUUUGGUUUCGACUGAGCUUGUCAUGGUGUAACCGACCUCAUGAAUUGAUUAUGGUGUGAGUUCAUCUGACUGAAAUAAAAAAUCUGUUCCUCUACAUGUCUGGAAUCCAUAAUGCAACCUAGCAAAUUAACUAGUGCCAGAAUUGUUUCAUUUCUGUUGACCUACAAGAUUAGUAUGUAUAUCUCUUGAUGACUGUAUUGCUGUAAGUACAGAGAAGCUUCAUUAUAUCAACUCUCAAGUGAUAUUCUUCUAUUUUAGUAUAUACAUUUUGAUCCUA